AUGACCACUCAGCAGAUCUUGGAUGACGACCGAGCACAGCUCACGAAACGCUCCAUCCCACACAUGGUUCUCAGCUCUGGUGAUGCCUCAUCACUGACGCCAGCUCCGGCCCAGAAGAAUCGUCCCGUCUCAGAAGAGAACAAUCAGGCUUCAGCUUUGAAUCGCUUCGCCAUAAAUGGCAUUGCCAUCGUGACAGGCGGCACAGGUACGCUAGGGCUCGCCUCUUGCAAUGCACUACUCGAGCAUGGCCUGUCCCAUCUGGCCAUUUUUGAUCUGAGUAUCGCAAGUUCUGAGUGGACCAUUGCAAUACUCCAGGGGCGCUUCCCCAAAGCAACGGUCAUGGGUUUCGACGUCGAUGUCACAGAUGAGGUGGCCGUCGAGGCUGCCGUUGAACAAGUAAGCUCGCAUUUCGGUUCUAUCAAUCAUUUACUCUGCUUCAGCGGCAUAGUAGGUUGUUUUGAUGUGUUGUCAACGCCCACUGCUACUUGGCGCCGUAUUCUGGACGUGAACACUACUGGAGCAUUCAUCUGUGCACAAGCAGUCGCAAAGCCCAUGGUAGAGCAACAGAGUGGUGGUUCCAUCAUGUUCACGGCCUCUAUUUCUGCUCAUCGCGUCAAUUAUUCUCAACCACAAGCUGCGUAUAAUGUCAUCAAAGCGGCUUUGAUUACAUUGAAGAACUGUCUUGCCGCUGAGUGGGCUUGCUAUGGCAUACGCACGAAGACCAUCAGCCCGGGCUACAUGGACACAAUACUGAAUGAAGGCGACGGCAUAGCAGACGCACGACGGAUUUGGGAGGAGAGAAAUCCUACCGGGCGGCUGGGUGCACCCAGUGAGCUGACAGGCGCCGUGAUCAUGCUAACGAGCUCCUCAAGUACCUAUCUUAAUGGCUGUGAUAUCGUGGUAGAUGGUGGAGGAUCAGCAUUCUAG